AUGCGUCCAUGGCUUGUGGCGUUUCUCUUCAUCGUUCUUCAGUUUGGUCAAAAAGUUUCUGCUUUAUGUCUGCCACUGAAACUCUCGGCUCCGGGUUUCAAUGUUAAUUUUUACUACUACGUCCUACGAACCCGAGUGGGAUGGGAUGAUGACUAUUUCACUGGCGGCUACAAGGCAGGCGGACUCCAGAAAGCAAUGGCAAAUGUUGUUGACAUCAAUUUCUCAUUUCCUUCUACUCGUUCUCGUGUUGUCGUGAAUGGCAACGUCUAUGGAUUUCCUGUGACUAUUUCCAAUUUUUCGAUGGAGCUCACGGGUUAUUUUCGCGCCGAUUACACAGGUACCCACACCUUUACUAUUGUGGCCGAUGAUGGAGUCACCUUACAGUUUGGCAAUGGUGUAUAUUGUUGUGACGAUGUCAACGGUGCAUUGGGUAACACCAGUUUCGGUAUCAACUCCUUGAGAGGAUAUGGUGGAGUUCCAGCAGCAGACCCCAGCACCUUCAGUGUUCUGUUACAAGCUGGUCGUUACUAUCCAAUGAAGUUAGUCUAUUUCAAUUGGGAUGGUAUACUGCAACUUGAUGUCUCUUACGUUAACCCUCUUGGUAAUAAGGUCCUGACGUUUGAUAAUGUAUUUCAAGCUAAUUUCGAUAAUGAGGUAUGCUACGUCCAAACAAAGACCACAAUGUGGACGGGUUCUAUUACUCUGACGACUACUCAAUUAACCACCUAUACAUCAGAGGGUACUGUCUACUCCAACGAAAUUAUUAAUAUUGAAGUUCCAAUGCCUACGGAUACUACUACUGAACCUUGGACUGGAUCUGACACUACGACGUUCACCACGUUGACUGUUGUUACUGCCGAGAGUACUACGUUCACAGAGCACUUAGUUGUGAUUCAAACGCCAAUGCCGACCGAGAUCACUACUAAACCUUGGACCGGAUCUGAUACUACAACAUUUACAACUUUGACGGUUGUCACUUUAGACAGUACUACGUUCACAGAGCAUUUGGUUGUUAUUCAAACACCUAUGCCAACAGAGACCACUACUAAGCCUUGGACUGGAUCUGAUACUUCAACAUUCACGACUUUGACGGUUGUUACUUUAGACAGUACUACGUUCACAGAGCAUUUGAUUGUGGUUCAGACCCCUACUAUUCCUAUUUCCACCACCACUGUUGCAUGGACUGGCAAUUAUACCACUACUGUUACAGGACCAGUUACUGUCACAUCGGGAUCGAUUAUCUACACUACCAGUGCAGUAACUGUUGAAGUACCAAUGCCAACAGAGACUACUACUAAACCUUGGACCGGAUCUGAUACUACAACAUUUACAACUUUGACGGUUGUUACUUUAGACAGUACUACGUUUACAGAGCAUUUGAUUGUGGUUCAGACCCCUACUAUUCCAAUCUCCACCACCACUGUUGCAUGGACUGGCAAUUAUACUACUACGGUUACUGGACCAGUAACUGUAACUUCUGGUUCAGUAGUGUACACCACUAGUGCAGUAACUGUUGAGGUUCCAAUGCCAACAGAGACCACUACUAAACCUUGGACUGGAUCAGAUACUUCAACGUUUACGACGUUGACUGUUGUUACUUUAGACAGUACUACGUUCACAGAGCAUUUGAUUGUGGUUCAGACCCCUACUAUUCCAAUCUCCACCACCACUGUUGCAUGGACUGGCAAUUAUACUACUACGGUAACUGGACCAGUUACUGUCACGUCGGGAUCAAUUAUCUACACUACCAGUGCAGUAACUGUUGAGGUUCCAAUGCCAACAGAGACCACUACUAAACCUUGGACCGGAUCUGAUACUACAACAUUUACAACUUUGACGGUUGUUACUUUAGACAGUACUACGUUUACAGAGCAUUUGAUUGUGGUUCAGACCCCUACUAUUCCUAUUUCCACCACCACUGUUGCAUGGACUGGCAAUUAUACCACUACUGUUACAGGACCAGUUACUGUCACGUCGGGAUCAAUUAUCUACACUACCAGUGCAGUAACUGUUGAGGUUCCAAUGCCAACAGAGACCACUACUAAACCUUGGACUGGAUCAGAUACUUCAACGUUUACGACGUUGACUGUUGUUACUUUAGACAGUACUACGUUCACAGAGCAUUUGAUUGUGGUUCAGACCCCUACUAUUCCAAUCUCCACCACCACUGUUGCAUGGACUGGCAAUUAUACUACUACGGUAACUGGACCAGUUACUGUCACGUCGGGAUCAAUUAUCUACACUACCAGUGCAGUAACUGUUGAGGUUCCAAUGCCAACAGAGACCACUACUAAACCUUGGACUGGAUCAGAUACUACAACAUUUACAACUUUGACGGUUGUUACUUUAGACAGUACUACGUUUACAGAGCAUUUGAUUGUGGUUCAGACCCCUACUAUUCCAAUCUCCACCACCACUGUUGCAUGGACUGGCAAUUAUACUACUACUGUUACUGGACCAGUAACUGUCACAUCGGGAUCGAUUAUCUACACUACCAGUGCAGUAACUGUUGAAGUACCAAUGCCAACAGAGACUACUACUAAACCUUGGACUGGAUCAGAUACUUCAACGUUCACGACUUUGACGGUUGUUACUUUAGACAGUACUACGUUCACAGAGCAUUUGAUUGUGGUUCAGACCCCUACUAUUCCAAUCUCCACCACCACUGUUGCAUGGACUGGCAAUUAUACUACUACGGUUACUGGACCAGUAACUGUAACUUCUGGUUCAGUAGUGUACACCACUAGUGCAGUAACUGUUGAAGUACCAAUGCCAACAGAGACCACUACUAAACCUUGGACUGGAUCAGAUACUACAACAUUUACAACUUUGACGGUUGUUACUUUAGACAGUACUACGUUCACAGAGCAUUUGGUUGUGGUUGAGACUCCGACUCCUGAAAUUUCUACUACGAUUGUCCCAUGGACUGGUGAUUACACCACAACUGUUUUCGAACUUGUGACGACGACUUCUGGUUCGUUAGUGUACAGUUUCAGUAUUGAAGCCAUCAAAGUUCCUGUCCCAGUUAUCACGACUUCGGUGCCAUGGAAUGGUUCGUUCACUACACUGUAUACAACAUUGACCACCGUGGAGAAUGACAGCACCACCAUUACUGAGUUUUGGGUCGUCGUUGAAACUCCGACUAUUGGACUUUCUACUACGACUGCCCCAUGGACUGGCAAUUAUACGACUACGGUAACUGGACCAGUUACUGUCACAUCGGGAUCAAUUGUCUACACUACCAGUGCAGUAACUGUUGAAGUACCAAUGCCAACAGAGACCACUACUAAGCCUUGGACUGGAUCAGAUACUACAACAUUUACAACUUUGACGGUUGUUACUUUAGACAGUACUACGUUCACAGAGCAUUUGAUUGUGGUUCAAACUCCUACUGCGGAACUUUCAACCACCACUGUUGCAUGGACUGGCAAUUAUACGACUACGGUAACUGGACCAGUUACUGUCACAUCGGGAUCAAUUAUCUACACUACCAGUGCAGUAACUGUUGAAGUACCAAUGCCAACAGAGACCACUACUAAGCCUUGGACUGGAUCAGAUACUUCAACAUUCACGACUUUGACGGUUGUUACUUUAGACAGUACUACGUUUACAGAGCAUUUGGUUGUGGUUCAAACUCCUACUGCGGAACUUUCAACCACCACUGUUGCAUGGACUGGCAAUUAUACCACCACUGUUACUGGACCAGUUACUGUCACGUCGGGAUCAAUUGUCUACACUACCAGUGCAGUAACUGUUGAAGUACCAAUGCCAACAGAGACCACUACUAAGCCUUGGACUGGAUCUGAUACUUCAACAUUCACGACUUUGACGGUUGUUACUUUAGACAGUACUACGUUCACAGAGCAUUUGGUUGUGAUUCAAACUCCUACUGCGGAACUUUCAACCACCACUGUUGCAUGGACUGGCAAUUAUACGACUACGGUAACUGGACCAGUUACUGUCACAUCGGGAUCAAUUAUCUACACUACCAGUGCAGUAACUGUUGAAGUACCAAUGCCAACAGAGACCACUACUAAGCCUUGGACUGGAUCUGAUACUUCAACGUUUACGACUUUGACGGUUGUCACCUUGGACAGUAUUACGUUGACAGAGCAUUUGAUUGUCGUUCAGACUCCUACUGCGGAACUUUCAACCACCACUGUUGCAUGGACUGGCAAUUAUACUACUACGGUUACUGGACCAGUUACUGUCACGUCGGGAUCAAUUAUCUACACUACCAGUGCAGUAACUGUUGAGGUUCCAAUGCCAACAGAGACCACUACUAAACCUUGGACUGGAUCAGAUACUACAACAUUUACAACUUUGACGGUUGUUACUUUAGACAGUACUACGUUCACAGAGCAUUUGAUUGUGGUUCAAACUCCUACUGCGGAACUUUCAACCACCACUGUUGCAUGGACUGGCAAUUAUACCACCACUGUUACUGGACCAGUUACUGUCACGUCGGGAUCAAUUGUCUACACUACCAGUGCAGUAACUGUUGAAGUACCAAUGCCAACAGAGACCACUACUAAACCUUGGACCGGAUCUGAUACUACAACAUUUACAACUUUGACGGUUGUUACUUUAGACAGUACUACGUUUACAGAGCAUUUGGUUGUGGUUCAGACCCCUACUAUUCCAAUCUCCACCACUGUUGCAUGGACUGGCAAUUAUACUACUACUGUAACUGGACCAGUAACUGUAACUUCUGGUUCAGUAGUGUACACCACUAGUGCAGUAACUGUUGAAGUACCAAUGCCAGCAGAGACCACUACUAAGCCUUGGACUGGAUCUGAUACUUCAACGUUUACGACUUUGACGGUUGUUACUUUAGACAGUACUACGUUCACAGAGCAUUUGGUUGUGGUUCAAACUCCUACUGCGGAACUUUCAACCACCACUGUUGCAUGGACUGGCAAUUAUACUACUACGGUAACAGGACCGGUAACUGUAACUUCUGGUUCAGUAGUGUACACCACUAGUGUCGUGACUGUUGAAGUUCCGAUGUCUACCACCACGACCACCAUGUCAUGGUCUGGAAGUUUUACUUCAAUUUACACCACAUUGACCACUGUGGAAAAUGACAGUAGUACUUACACUGAGCAUGUGGUGGUUAUUGAGACUCCUACAGCCGAACUUUUAACGACUGCUGUUCCAUGGACAGGUCCAUUUACCACGACUAUCACUGGACCUGCAACUGUGACGACCGGCUCACUGACAUAUACCUCCAGUUCUGUAACUGUUCAAGUUCCUGAAUCUAGGUUCACGACAACCAUCCCAUGGACUGGAAGCUUCACUCAAACUUAUACUACCACGACAACUAGCACGCACGGCAGUACAACUGUGACAGGGCCAUUGGUUGUGAUUGAGACGCCAAUGUUUACGAUGUAUUUUAACAGAACUUCGUCAGACAAUUUAGUUCUGAGUGUCAGUGAACUGUCUAGCGCCUUAGGAACUUCCCUCCUUACGUCAAAUUCUUUCUCGACGAUGACAUGCAUCAAUGGCGAGUGCUUGGCCCCAACUCUGAUAUCUCAUGUUGAUUCCAGCAUUUUCAAAAUUGAAUCUAUUGAAUCUUCAGUGGAACCCACGUCUGGCUCUACAACUGACACAACAGAUGAAACAAUAGUUGACACUACAGUUGAUAGUGUAAUUUCAAGUAUAAUUGGUAUUACGGUUGAUUUUACGGCUGAAAGUACAGUUCACGGUACAGCUGAUGCCUCAGUCGACUCUACAGCUAUCACAGCCCACACGACAGCUGACUCUGCCAUACACAUUACCACUGAAACUACUUUUGACACUAUUUUUGAUACAUUCAUCACCACUUACAGCACAUUGAGAUACUCCGCAGUCACUUACAUCUCAUCUUCCCCCGAACCAAGUAACUCAGGUUCGAGAUCAGGUCCAGGAACAGGCUCCCGCUCUAGUUUUGGCCCUGGCUCAACCUCUGGUCCUGGGUUAGGUUCGGGGGGCUCGGGUUCUGAUUCUGGAUCAAGCUCUGUAUUAAAACCAACACCAUAUGUCGCUUUAACAGGCUCAGCACCAAUUGUCAAGAUAUCAAUAUCUGUGCUUGCAACUGUGUUCGCAUUUUUUGUGAUCUGA